UAUUGCAAACUUGUAAAUGAAUCUCCAGUUGCUAGGAAUCUCAGAGUAAGAGCUAAUCUUUCGGACAAUUUCGUCGUACUUCGCAUGGAUAACAACAUACCGAAUUGACUACGUGAACCGUCACCUUACAUUUGAAUAAAACAGAAAUCAUAAUUUUGUCGUUGCUUUUCAAAAAUUAAUGUCAUAAGUUACAAGUUAUACCUGUAAAUAUUAGAUAAUAUGGACGAAUUAUUGGAAGUAUUGGCCUUAGGAAAUUUUAAUGCAAAUGACAUGGAAGAUGCAAUUUUAUACCAGUUAAUUAAUCAUGAAGAGAACAAUAACAACGGAGUGGUAUUUAAUCUCGAAGAAUGGUCCGAUGAUGAGGCAAAAGUACAUUUUCGUUUUACAAAAAAUGACAUUAGGCGAUUGGUACAAAUACUAGGGCUUCCUAAUGAAAUAAGAACCUAUACACGAAACAGGAUAAGCAGUAAGUUGCAUACUAAAAGUGUGUUUCAAGUAGACAAAUGUUUUGUUUGUAUAGGUGAAACGGCAUUAUGCAUAAUGUUAAAGCGACUGACAUACCCGAACAGGUUAAAAGAUCUUACAGUGAUGUUUGGUUUAUCACCACAGUCACCUUCGCAAAUUAUUAAUCAUAUGUUAAGUCAUCUUGUUGCGGAGUAUGGUCAUUUAUUGGACAAUCUUCAAAAUAACAGAUGGCUAGAUGAAGGAAGAUUGCAGUAUUAUGCACACGCAGUGCAGACAAAAGGUGGUGCAAUACCAAACUGCUGGGGAUUUAUAGAUGGGACAACACGAUCGAUUUGUAGACCGACACUAGACCAAGAGCAGUAUUAUUCUGGUCACAAAAGAUACCAUUGCUUAAAGUACCAAUCGGUUCUGUGUCCAGAUGGAAUAAUUGUAAGCCUUAAAGGUGGAUACCCAGGAAGAAGGCAUGAUGCAGGAAUUUUUCGAGAUUCAAAUCUUUACGACGAGCUUGAGAGGGUGGCACGUUUAGAAAAUGGAGACGUUUAUGUGUUAUAUGGCGAUCAAGCAUAUGGGAUAAUGGAGUUGUUAUUGUGUCCAUAUCCAACGCGACCUAAUAUGCCCCUCCAUCAGCAGGAAUUUAACAACUCAAUGAAACUGCUCAGGAUUGCCAUUUAA